GUCAGGAGCGGGCGGGGAGGCGGUGCUUUGGCGGUCUGGGUCUUCCAGCGCCGUCCCCAGUCGGUGGUAGCUCGGCCGCUGGAGGGGUCCCGGCCGGAGUUUAGUGAUCCGUCGGCGGCCUUCAGGCAGGAGAAGGAAGGAGGAAAAGAAGGCAAAGAGCCGGAGACUUGUGAGUGGCCUGCCCAGGGCAGAGGGGUGCCGCCACAAUGCGUCUCCUGCGGUGCCUGAUGAAGGGCCAGUCGGCGCUGGCCGGGGCGCCCAAGUACAUCGAGCAUUUCAGCAAGUUCUCGCCGUCGCCGCUCUCCAUGAAGCAGUUUCUGGACUUCGGAUCCAGCAAUGCCUGCGAGAAGACCUCCUUCACAUUUCUCCGCCAAGAACUCCCUGUCCGGCUGGCCAACAUCAUGAAGGAAAUCAAUCUCCUCCCAGACCGUGUGCUGAGCACCCCUUCUGUUCAGCUGGUGCAGAGCUGGUAUGUGCAGAGCUUGCUGGAUAUCAUGGUGUUCCUGGAUAAGGACCCCGAGGACCACGGGACACUAGGCCAGUUCACCAACGCCCUGGUCACUAUCCGUAACCGCCACAACGAUGUGGUCCCCACCAUGGCCCAGGGUGUGAUCGAGUACAAGGAGGCUUAUGGGGAUGACCCCGUCUCCAACCAAAACAUCCAGUACUUCCUGGACCGUUUCUACCUUAGCCGUAUCUCCAUCCGCAUGCUGAUUAACCAACACACCUUGAUUUUUGAUGGCAGCACCAACCCAGCUCAUCCCAAGCACAUUGGCAGCAUCGAUCCUAACUGCAAUGUCUCAGAAGUGGUCAGAGAUGCUUACGACAUGGCCAAGUUGUUGUGUGACAAAUACUACUUGUCUUCUCCCGAACUGGAGAUCCAUGAGGUGAAUGCCACUGGAACAGGACCUCACCCUUGGCCCCCUAACCAUCCUGACCAGCCCAUCCACAUGGUCUACGUCCCAUCUCACUUGUACCACAUGCUCUUUGAGCUGUUCAAGAAUGCCAUGAGGGCCACUGUAGAAAGUCAUGAGUCCAACCCUACCCUACCACCUAUCAAGGUGAUGGUGGCAUUGGGGCAAGAGGAUCUCUCCAUCAGGAUGAGUGAUCGCGGAGGCGGCGUUCCCCUGCGCAAGAUUGAGCGGCUCUUCAGCUAUAUGUAUUCCACAGCACCCAAACCAGAGCUGGGCACUGGUGGGACACCCCUGGCUGGCUUUGGCUAUGGACUGCCUAUUUCCAGACUCUAUGCCAAGUAUUUCCAAGGGGACCUCCAGCUCUUCUCCAUGGAGGGGUUUGGGACAGAUGCGGUCAUCUAUUUGAAGGCCUUGUCGACGGACUCUGUGGAACGGCUCCCGGUGUACAACAAGUCAGCUUGGCGCCACUACCAAACCAUCCAGGAAGCUGAUGAUUGGUGCGUGCCCAGUACAGAACCCAAGAACACCUCCACCUAUCGGGUGAGCUAAGCCUCGGCCUCUCUUUGCCAGAGGGGAGGAUGUCAGCCUCACCUCAAGGAUGGGAAAGCCAAACUUUGGCGAGGGGAGAAAGACAAAGAUCAUCACCAGCACGAAGCUCACCUUGUGUUGCGAGACCUCAAUCGACUCUUCCUAUUGGCUGACCGGGCCAGUGCACCAGCCAGCUGAGAGCCUGAUUUGUUUUCUCAGAUGUGUGUUUGGAAGUAUGUAGUAUAGAUCUCUUCCACCAUAGCCCUGCAUGGAACUGCUCCUCUUCUGCUUGUCCCACCCUCAGUCCUCUCCUUUUGGCCUAGUGAGAGUUAGAAUUUCCUUCCAAGGGCCUAUUCUCACCAUACUUAGUAUUUGCUCACACCUCCUCCUUGAUUCCUUACUGUAAAAUGGAAGUAUUUUAGGACUGAAGGGCCAGCCAUUGAGAGGAAGCCAGAAGAUCUCCAGAAGAGUGAAGGUGGAGCCGACACAAAAGGACGGAUCCUGUUACAUUUCCCAACGUGAAGAGAGAGGCUUGUAUCAGGCAACAUGCCUGAAACAUAACCUGAGAAUGGCAAAGUCAAAUCCUCUCAUUGUAGAGAUUAGGCAACUCAGAGUAAGCCAAAGGACCUGUUUGCUUUUCUAUGCAAGCAUCAGGAUGAAAAAUAGUGCAUGGAUGUUCUCGCAUUAUGUUCUGGGUGCUUUUUCCAGCACACACUUAACUCUCCCAAGUUGGAAAAAAGCAACACGAGAAUUGGUCUUUUCAGGAGUGGAAAGAGUUCCGUGUAUCGAACAGGCCAAACCUUUAGAAGCACAAUGGGCUAGGUUGGCUAUGCCAGGGUUGAGGGAGCUCUGGGAAUUUCUCAUUUGGCCUUUGGAGGUUCCCUCCUCAUCUGCUUCAUUUGCCAUGGGCAGAUCUGGCACUUUUGAAAAGCUGCUGUCAGUGCAGUUCAGGGUGGGUGUGGAAAUCUCUCCUUCUAAGGGAGCUGGAUGUUCUGCUUGCCAUGAGCAGAACGUUGCCAUAAGCUGGGCGGCCGUCUGGGUUGGUCCUUUGCUGGUGAAACCCCUUGUGACAAAUCCCAGGUGCAGUGCGAGUCCAUCGGGCAGAAACCUCUGGGGGCAAAACUUGGAGCAGAAUAGGCCCCUAGGCAAGUCGCAGGCAGUAGAAUGAGCUGGUAGCGUUCUGGGCUGGUAAAUAGGCUGCUGUGUUUCCAGCUGCAGGUGGAUGGUGACAUGGUUGCAUUUCCCCCUACAUUUUUUUUAAAGCCUCCCUCUGCAAGUACUACAGAUCUUAGCCAAAAGGCCGAGAAGCAAUACCUGCAAGUAGAAAAGCAGCAUACAGACCAAGGGCUCCUCUAGAACUUUUCUUGCUGCAGGGCUAGUUUUCUGUCGGCAUGAUUUUGUCUUGCUCUCCAUGGAGGAGUAUUGGGACCUGGUAUCAUCUGCCUGGAGUCUGAAACGCCUCAGUCUGUUCGACCACCUCGUUUUCCUUGCAUGUGUAGAUCGGGCUUGAGCCUAGUUCUGUCGGGUAGAACUGAGAUGGAGGGUUGAGGUUUUCCUUUCUGCAGCUGGAGCAGGGUGGUUGGGAGCUGGGUUGGAAAGGGGGUUCAAGAAAAGACUGCAGUGAAGCAGCCACCUCAGGGAAGGGAUUGGCCAAAAGUCCUGUUUGCAGCAGCAGAAUCUGGUCUCCAGUGUGGGAGGCCCUGUGGCUGCAGAACCUCUUCCAUCCUUGCUUCUACCCCCCACCCCCUCUUUUGGAUCAUGCCAGGGUAUUAUUUUUAUCCUCACAAAAAGCAAGUAGAAAUUGAAGGGCAGGUGGGCAAAGUGUGUUUGAGGAGGCGAGCAGGUGCAGAUAUGACUUCCACAUAGAAGCUGUUGUUUCCUUCUGAUUCCUUCCCCCGCCCCCUUCUAAACAGGUGCCAUCUCUGUCUCAAAGUUCUCUGAGACCAUCUGCCUCCCUGCCUGCCGUUUUGCCUCCUCAAGUAUUCAAAAGCCAGCCUCUCCUUCUUCCCCCAAUCCUCGGCCUCCUGCAUGGCCUGCUUUUGAAUUGUCUGGAAAGUGUCUGUGUACAUAUAUAUAUAUAUAUUUUAUAUUCUCUAGGUAGAACCACAGAUGUGUCUAAGACACAAAAGCUGUCACAGUAUUCUUUGCUCACUGAUCAGUUAAGAAACUCUCCCCCCCCCCCCGCAAAAGCACCUAUUAAAUUUGAACCUUA